AUGAACGGAUUUCGUGUCGAAGACUUGCUUUCGGAACGCGAAAAGGAUUCGAACUCGGAUGAGGCGUCGCAUCGGAAAUCGCCAAGCGAUGGUAAAUCGAGUCGGAAGCUGAAGAUGCGACGAGCCAGAACUGCAUUCACUUAUGAGCAAUUGGUGGCGUUGGAAAACAAAUUUAAGACUUCUCGGUAUUUGAGCGUUUGCGAGCGUUUGAGUCUUGCUAUUCAGCUUCAACUCUCUGAGACUCAGGUCAAAAUCUGGUUCCAAAACCGUCGAACCAAAUGGAAGAAGCAUAAUCCGGGACAAGACGCCAACACUCCACAGACCCCACCAUCUUCCGAUGAGGCUCCAGUUCAACCGGUGAUCCCUGCACCGCCAGUCACUUCUUUCAAUUCAAUGCUCUUGCAACCAAUUCUCACCCCAUCACACGGCUCGGUUCUUCAUGGUACUCCUCUCCCUUUGACACUCUUCAAUUUGAACCAACUUUUGAUGCCGCAAAACGUUGGAUACGAUUAA